AUGGUCAGUGGGCAUUUGUUCCAUUGUAGAAAGAAUUCAUGGCCGCCUGAGGAGUAUAUCAACAGAAACACUUUGCAGUUGUUUGAUUUUGAUAGUGCGGCCCCACCAGAACAUGCCUGGAGGAGGAAGUUGAACAGCAAUGCUAAUCUUCUCAGAGAAUUUAGUGUUACAUUUAGGGAAGCGAUAAAGAUGGUUAGGUUAGGUAUACGCUUGUGGUCAUAUAUCAGGGAAGAGGCUUCUCAUGGAAGGAAAGCACCUAUUGAUCCUUUUACACGAGAAAGUUGCAAGCCAUCUGCAGCUCAGGGGGUUCCACUUGGAGGGAUGGGAAGUGGCAGCAUAUCUAGAGGUUUUAGAGGCGAGUUCAGGCAAUGGCAAAUAAUUCCUGGUAUAUGUGAAGGUUCUCCUGUCAUGGCCAAUCAAUUCUCUAUUUUUAUAUCUAGGGAUGGUGGGAAUAAAAAUUAUGCAUCAGUCUUGGCCCCUGGUCAACAUGAAGGGUUAGGGAGAGUUGGUGAUCAGGGUAUAUCAUCAUGGGGCUGGAACCUGGGUGGCCAGCAUUCCACAUACCAUGCUUUAUUUCCAAGGGCGUGGACCGUAUACGAUGGUGAACCUGACCCAGAUUUGAAAAUUUCUUGUCGGCAAAUUUCACCAUUCAUUCCUCAUAAUUACAGAGAAAGCAGUCUUCCUACAGCUGUUUUUGUCUACACGUUGGUGAACACUGGAAAAGAAAGAGCAAAAGUCAGCCUUCUAUUUACAUGGGCGAAUUCAAUUGGAGGAAUCUCACACUUGUCAGGAGAUCAUGUGAAUGAACCAUUUAUAGGCGAAGAUGGAGUCUCUGGUGUACUUCUACAUCACAAGACUGCAAAAGGGAAUCCUCCUGUUACUUUUGCGGUAGCUGCAUGCGAAACUCAAAACGUGAGUGUGACCGUUUUGCCAUGUUUUGGGUUAUCUGAAGGAAGUAGCCCUACCGCUAAAGAAAUGUGGGAUAAAAUGGUGCAGGAUGGACAAUUUGAUCGGGAGAAUUUCAAUUCUGGGCCAUGCAUGUCUUCAUCACCUGGAGAGACACUCUGUGCUGCAGUUUCAGCUUCUGCUUGGGUGGAACCUCAUGGGAAAUGCACUAUUGCAUUUGGUCUAUCAUGGUCAUCUCCAAAAGUAAAAUUUUUGAAGGGAAGCUCGUACCAUAGGAGGUACACAAAAUUCUAUGGAACAUCUGAAAGGGCAGCUCAGGACUUGGUGCAUCAUGCUUUAACAAAUUACAAGCGAUGGGAAGAAGAUAUUGAAAAGUGGCAAAACCCUAUCCUCAAGGAUGAAAAAUUACCAGAAUGGUACAAGUUCACAUUGUUCAAUGAGCUCUACUUUCUGGUGGCUGGAGGAACAGUUUGGAUUGAUUCUCCCUUACCAGUAACAAACAUGAAUGAAAAUCAACGUCAAUUAACAAAUGUUGAAUAUACAGACGUCAAGGUUACUGAAGCUGAAGUCAACAAUAAACAAGGCACAGUUGUCGAGCACACUGCAACUGGUCAUCAUAGGAGUGUAAAGUUGGAUCCACAAAAUGACAACGAAGAUGUUGGGAGGUUCCUUUAUUUGGAAGGAGUGGAAUAUAUCAUGUGGAACACAUAUGACGUGCACUUCUAUGCUUCAUUUGCCCUUCUUGAGCUGUUUCCCAAAAUCGAACUCAAUAUUCAAAGGGACUUUGCAAAAGCUGUCCUAUCUGAAGAUGGAAGAAAAGUAAAGUUUCUGGCUGAAGGCAAUUGGGGAAUUCGUAAGGUUAGAGGAGCUGUCCCUCAUGAUCUGGGAACACAUGAUCCGUGGAACGAAAUGAAUGCAUACAAUAUUCAUGAUACUAGUAAGUGGAAGGAUUUGAACCCCAAGUUUGUACUUCAGGUGUAUAGAGACUUUUCUGCAACAGGGGAUAUGGCAUUUGGAGUUGAUGUCUGGCCUGCUGUUCGUGCUGCAAUGGAGUACAUGGAACAAUUUGACAGGGACAAUGAUGGUCUCAUUGAAAAUGAUGGUUUCCCUGAUCAGACCUACGAUGCUUGGACAGUUCAUGGGGUUAGUGCUUACUGUGGCUGCUUGUGGCUUGCUGCACUUCAAGCUGCAGCUGCGAUGGCCUUUCAACUAGGCGACAAAGCUUUUGCUGAAUGGUGUAAAACUAAAUAUUUAAAGGCAAAACCAGCUUUUGAGGAAAAAUUGUGGAAUGGCUCUUAUUUUAAUUACGAUAGCGGAUCAAGUAGUAACAGUAAAUCUAUACAAGCAGAUCAACUGGCUGGGCAGUGGUAUACUGCAUCCUCAGUUAAAGGAGGCAGGAUGGGUGCCGUAAAUGGAAUGCACCCCAGUGGAAAGGUGGAUGAGUCCUGCAUGCAGUCGCGUGAAAUAUGGACUGGUGUCACCUAUGGAGUGGCUGCUACAAUGAUCCUGGCUGGAAAGGAGAAAGAGGCAUUCGCUACUGCUGAAGGUAUUUUUAUUGCCGGCUGGUCUGAGGAGGGCUACGGAUACGGGUUCCAGACUCCUGAGGGAUGGACAAUGGACGGCCACUUCAGAUCUCUAAUAUAUAUGAGGCCGCUCUCUAUUUGGGCCAUGCAAUGGGCGUUAAAUCUGCCCAAGGCAAUUCUUGAGGCUCCUGCUAUUAAUAUAAUGGAUAGAAUACAUUUGUCAUCUUUCAGUUCCAGAUCCUCGCAAAAUGAAUCAGGUGUGAUAAAGAUAGCAACCAAGGCAAAGUGCUUUGGGAAUUCUGUGUUCAACUGUGCAUGCUGA